GACAUUGAAUGCUUCAUUCGCCAGUCGCCGAUUUAGAGUCAUUGCUUGUGUUACCAAUAUCUAUUAUUGUCUAUUCUUCGGAGUACGCUCGAACAUCAAAAUCACUCAUCUUUUAUUUACAACAUCGAACAAUUAAAUCCAAACGAAAUACAAAAUGAAAUCAUUUGUGGUGGUGAUUUCUGUAGCGUUGGCCAUCAUGUUCGUGUUCGCCACGGACACGGCAGCAGCCCCUGCUGAUUAUGAAGACCCGAAUGAUAUGUUCUUACUUACCGGGCCAGUCGAUGGCAUGAUCCCGCAAGUACGAGUUACUGGGUCUAAUGGACAUUACAAUAAGAUAAGCACCAAGCACCCAUUAUAUGUAAUCGUCAAAACCGUGGUCAAACUCUUGAUGAAAAUAUUCUCUCCCGAUAAUUCCAUAUAACGGCAACAUCGGGGCACCUAAUAUUAUAUGUUCGAAUUUUAACCGUUCGUCUUAUAAUAUUAAUUGUGUUUUCUUAGACAGCUUGUUGAUUUUACCGCAAAAAUACAUUAUAUAAUCAUGACGGGCGAAACUGUGCAAUAUAACAAUAAUACACGUAAGGUACAAAAAAUUAUAUUUUUGAUAUUAUAUUAUUAUAAUAUUUAUUUACUAUUUUUUUUAUUUACACAACUCAGAACCGAUUUAAAUUAGAUAUAUCAUAAUGUUUUUUUAUGAUUUAUAUGUUAUAUUAUAUUCCUAUUUUAACGGUCAGAGUUAUCACAAAAAAUCUCAGUGUAUUAUACUAUUGGACUAGUAACAACAGGAAUAUAAUAUUUUAUAUAAGGUAAUAUAAUAUUAUGUAAUCACGAAUA